AUAAACUCAUACAUUGUAAUAAUACUAGCCUCACUCAGUCAGUCCCAUUACUGCUGAAACUCUUCACUAAGAAAGACAUCACAUCCCAGACAGAGCACACCAUGGGCGUCCAGGGAUUGACCAGCUUUAUGGAGGAGAAUGGAAACAUUUUAAAAGAUGUUCACCUCAGAAACAGCAAGUUGAUCAUAGAUGGUAGUAAUCUGUUCAACUUGCUUUAUUUUGACUCAGGUUUGGAUCAGAGUCAUGGAGGGGAUUAUGAUGUUUUUGAGGACCAGGUCUGCAAGUUCUUUAAGGCUCUGAGAGACUGCGACAUUGACCCCUUUGUGAUUGUAGAUGGGGGCUCCGACUACACCGACAAAAAGUUUGAAACUCUCAAAGAACGAGCUCAAUCAAGGAUCAACACUGCCAACGACUUGUCCAUGGGGCUUCAGGGGAGAGGUGGUAUAUUACCAACCCUCAUCAAAUAUGUCUUCAAACAGAUCCUCAUCAGCCUGAAUGUGCCGUAUGCACAGUGCAUUUGUGAGGCAGACCAAGAUAUAGCCUCCCUGGCUCGAAGUUGGAACUGUCCAGUGCUGUCCAAUGACAGUGACUUUUAUAUCUUUGACAUCCAGGCAGGAUUUCUGCCUAUCUCCCAUUUUCACUGGCAGAAAGUAUCUAUGCAACGCGGGAGCUCUAUAAGAUACAUUCCCUGCAAGCAGUACACCACAACAAGCUUCUGCAGACACUUCAACAUCAACAGAAAGGUUCUCCCGGUCUUUGCCUCUGUGGCAGGAAACGACUACAUCAAGUUGCAUAACAUGGGUGUUUCCCUCAGGUGGGAAGAAUACUCAUCAAUGAAAGGAAGGUUUGCCCGCUUCAACGGCUUGCUGAAUUGGCUGACCCACUUCCAUGGGCAGAAGGAUGCCUUGGACUCUGUGCUCAGGCUCAUCAGUCAUAGUAACAACAGACAGAAAACAGGUGCUGCCCUCCAGGGCCUCUCCCUGGGCAUAGAAGAGUACCAUCUUCCCCCUAGUUGCCUGGAGUGGUUCUUCAACGAUGGAGUGGGACCAGGGCCCGGCCGUCUCCCAGAGCCUCUGAGGGUCCUUCCAGACUGGACCCUGCUGCCGUUGAUGGAAGGUAGACUUCCCUCCUGCAUGGUAGACGUGCUGCUGCUGGGAAGGAUGAUGCAGGGUGCCCAGGUCGAAGAUCCCCGCUUGCCAUGUGGGAACAACACCUCACGGUCCAUACGACAGGUACUCUACGGGCUGCUGCUGAGUGGGAGGAGAGCAGACCACAGCAGUCAGAGACCCCCAGUGGAUGACGUGGAGGAGUAUUAUAGGGAAGGCAAGAACCUGACCAGCAGCAUGGUUGAAGCCAUCUUGCCCAGUGCUGCAGAACAGAUGCAGCUAGACACUCUGCAUCAGGCUCCAAGGUCAGUGCAGCUUAAGGUGUUUUUGGAGACACUUGGUGUGUCCCAGUCCACUUUGAGUGGUGUCCCACCUCAUCUGCAUCUUCCUGUGGCUGUCACCUGCUACUGGCUGAGGCACGCCCAUCCCCCUCCAGAACUCCCUGUCCUGCAGGCCCUGCUACUAGGAUUGGUGUACGGAGAGCUCUGCAGACAGAGGAAGAGCCAAAGAGGGUUUAUGGAGGGACCAGUGUUGGAGAGGCUGAGAGGGCUGAUUCAGAGAGGUAGAAGGAGCCUAGACCUGGGUGUGGCCCACGCCUACAGCCAGUGGCAGUGCUGCCUGAAAGAAAGCCUUCACCUCAACCAACUGCUGUGCUUCCCUCUAGCCGAGCCUCAGUGUGCCUGGCUGUACAAGGGCACUCUGGUGCACCAGCUUGUGACCAAACUGAGAGGGGGGUUAACCCCGGAUUCUCUCCUGAUGGGAGACCUUGGCUCUGGACAGCUGUAUAGGGCCAUGCUGGGAGCCAUACUCAACUCCCAUGAUUCUCAUGAGGCAGCUGUCAUCCCAUUUGUGUCUGGGCUGCAGAGGGCCACACCUCCAUCCUUGACACAGCCACUGGACAAUCUGACGGCCAGUCUACACAUUCUGGCUCUGGAAUAUGAUGAUGAUGAUGGUGCUGGAGGUGGGAACAAGUCCAAGCCAGAGGAUGAUAUGGGUUGGACUUUGGUCUCAGUGCGGACCAGGCACAAGAGCAAGGACAGAUUCAACCGAUCUAGGAAUCCAGAAUUCUCCCGGAAGCAGGGGCGGAUCGGCUGGGAAUAGGGAGGGACCAUUAUAUAACUGUUUAGAUAGAGACGUUCUGCUCAACUCUUUAAUAUUUUUAUUGUUCUUAUGUGUACUGUCGUAGCUGAAUCAGAAUUAGUUAGGUAACAUUGAUAAAUAAGAUGUUUUAUUUUUUCUCAUAAUAUGCUUCUCUCAGGAAAAGUCACUUGGGGCCCAGAGAGGGGAGAGGUCAGGCUUGUCUUUUACAUGUCUGGUAAUAGGCAGAAUAUCAGAAAGGGAGAAGUCAGGGUUGAACAUUGUCUUCAUGAUGAAUAUAUCUGUUAAACCAUGUGAAGGGCUCCACUAUGUCUGUACUCCAGUCAUUCCCUCCUUUUCCCAUUGGGGGGAGGAGUAUGGCAGUGUCUGGAACCAUUGUAUGUCCCCUCUGAUGUUGAAACUUGUCUUUCAUAGUAUAUGACCUAGAGGCUCACUCCUCUCAUGGAGCUUAUCCAGGGGUGGGUUGUAUUUGAGAUGGGAGUAUCUAGAUUUGACAAUUGAUAUAUGCCAUUGGAUGAGGUAAUGUUUUGGUAAUAGGAAGUACCAAGAACGAGAAGUAGAACCUCGUCUUAGAGAGCAAACUGAACGAUAAUUUAUAGCUAAUGCUAUCUGGCUAUGGGAUACUCCUCUUUCAAGUAAUAAUAAUAAUACAUUGGUGUAUGGUUACUAUGGUAAUGAGUAUUCCAGUUAUCAUUCUCAACAAGGCUUCAUGCUGAAAUGGCUCAUUUGCUGUAGCUAUAACCCUCGGUACACAUCGGAUGCCAUCCCAAUGGACAGCAGUACAUUCCACUGUGCAUUAUCAGCCAUAAGCCUAUCAAAUUCAAGAAUCAGCCAGCAUAGUGUCUCUUGCUAAUCUGUGUUUUUAAACAGAUGAUUUAGGUGCCAUGUAAGCCUAGAUACAAUGUAAUGUAAUGACAAAGCUUUGUAUGCUUGUAAGAAUGAUGCACAAAAUGAUCACUUCAAAUGAUUGUGCUGUUUAAGCCGACUGUCACCGUUUGUACUGAUGACUGAGUAAUGUUUGUACUGAUGACUGAGUAAUGUUUUUACUGAUGACUGAGUAAUGUUUGUACUGAUGACUGAGUAAUGUUUGUACUGAUGACUGAGUAAUGUUUGUAGUGAUGACUGAGUAAUGCUUGUACUGAUGACUGAGUAAUGUUUGUAGUGAUGACUGAGUAAUGUUUGUAGUGAUGAAUGAGUAAUGUUUGUACUGAUGACUGAGUAAUGUUUGUAGUGAUGACUGAGUAAUGUUUGUAGUGAUGACUGAGUAAUGUUUGAAUGGUUUUAGACUAAUCGUUUUGGUUUGACUGCUUUACCAAUGAAAAUGGUUGGCUACUGGCAGUUCAAUGCAGUAUGAACAAAACAAGCUGAACCACAGUUUAAUUGUUUUAUAGGCCGAUAUUCUUGUCACAUGUUUUUUGUUUUGUUUAUCAGAUGAUUUAUUUUGGGGAUGUUAUUAUCAAGGAUACUCAUUUGUUAUUAUUUAGUUUUUGUCACUGAAAACAUCACUGAUGUGUCCCGAGAAAUGUGUAAUAAAUGUAUCAUCAGUCA